CUGCUGCCUCAGGAUCACAACUUACUCCUGGAGAAAAAACUGUCUCAAGAUGAUAGGAUGUCACAGGAGAAUCGCUCAAGUGUUAUGCGUCAAAAUGCAGGCUCUUAGAAAGUUCACUUGGACUGGACAAAAUAUGAUGCCCAUUCACGUUCUAAGACAAACAGCACAACAAAGGGCCAAUGUCAGGACAGUUUAUGGUCCCUACAGUUCCCUGAGUGUAUCAUCCAAUACUGGACAGCUGCUUAGAGUUAGCAGUAAGCCUUACCUUCAGUGUAGGCAGUUGAAGACUGGGAGAACUGGCCAUGACGAUUGGAGACAAAAGAACAAAAGUUUGAUGAUGUACAUUGGAGGGAUUGGAGUGCUGGUAGCCGGACUGGCUUAUGCCUGUGUGCCUCUGUAUAGGAUGUUCUGUCAGGCCACUGGUUUGGGAGGAACAGUUAAGCAUGGUUCGGAGACAGUGGCCCAAAUGAAGCCUGUGGAAGACCGGGAGCUGGAAAUCCGCUUCAGUGCCGACACGGCAGCCAGUAUGCGAUGGAACUUCCGACCCAGACAGACUUCUAUCAAGCUAGUUCCAGGAGAGACGGCCCUGGCCUUCUACACCGCGCGCAACCCGACAGAUCAGCCUAUCAUAGGGAUCUCCACAUACAACGUGGUGCCGUUCGAAGCUGGACAAUAUUUCAACAAGAUUCAGUGUUUCUGUUUUGAAGAACAGAGGCUAGAGCCACAUGAGGAGGUGGACAUGCCAGUGUUCUUUUUCAUUGACCCUGAGUUCGCAGAGGACCCUGCCAUGUACAAAGUGGACUCCAUCACUCUGUCCUACACAUUUUUUGAGGCGAAGGAGGGACUUAGACUACCACUGCCUGGUUAUAGCUGAUAGAGCAAUCCUGAAUGUUCAUUGCAAUCAACAGUUCAGUUACUUUUAUUGAAUGAAAGCUCAUCUGUAUUGGUAGAAUAGUCAUGGCAAUGAUAAGUUUACGGUACAGAAGUAGCGGUGAAAAACGCAAAUAUUAAAGCACUGCAAAAAAAAUUGUGAUUUACAGUAUUUGCAUUUUUACGUUUUAUUUUGCACUUCUCUAGGAACUUUAUUAUGAUGUGUACAUGUAAGAACUUGAUGAUGCAGCAUCUUCAUAUAAUCUUAUACCUUCACGUCAAAGGAAUGUUAGUCAAGUCAGGACUGUUUACCCACUACAUUGUGUGUAUAAAAUCAACUUCUUUUAUGAUCUUCACAGCAAAAUAAAGAUCAUUGUACAAGUUUU